UGUGCUGCGGUGGGGGGCAGAUACACCGUGGAUUAUAAUAACCAACAUGGACAAAUGAAGGAAAGAGGACAGAUCACUGCGUUGACUUUUGAAGCAACGCGCAGAGUCUUGACGCUAGCGUCUAUUUUACAGUGAGCGCCUUUCCCCCCCCCUCUCUCCUCUUUGAUUCCCACUCGCUGCUCAACAUUAGAAAAGUCCAAAUAUCUGUGUGGAUAAGGAGCACAGAGCAGGGUGUUGUCAGAGAGGGAUGAGAGGAGGAGGGGGCAUGUAUGAGGUGUGCUUUUUUUGGAAAAGCCGGAGAAAGACGGACACCGAGAAGGUGUUCUGAUGUGCGAAAGCCUGCGACGCGCUGCCCUCCUGAGAAAUAAUUGUGAUCAGGGAAGAAAUGGCCUAGUUAAAACAUCAUCGACACACCGGCAGAGGAUAGAAACAGAAGAAUCGUGUUCCGAUGGACGGGCCAUCACCACCGCCAUCAUCAUAAUUCCAGUGCUUGCAUCGAGUCUUUUUUAGGUGUAAUUGGCUUCCUGACUGCAGCUCUGGACCCAUCAGGAGUUCCAAAGAGGAAGGCGGAUGAGACCACAGAGUCUACCUGAGAAUGAUACCUGUCCCCGCACCUCACCAUGUCACCCUAGGAAAACCGUUGACCUGUCCCCUUCCACAUAUCCUAUUUUUGCCUUUAUUUCCCAUCACCCACUGAUUUUGUGAUCCCUUUCUACACCCAACUUAACUCCUAUUGAUAUGACUAAAAGAGCCUUUAUUUUGGACAUGUUGUUUUUUCCUCUCAAUGCUGCCAGCCACCAAGGCUAUGGUGGGAAGCGUCACUUUAGUUCUCAGCGGGUCGCCAAUCACUGCCUGCUGUGGCUCUUGGGACUGGUGCUUCACCUCACCCUUUCCUCAUGUCAACGGAUUGACCUGAAAUACCCCAUAGUGUCCACAGGCUAUGGAAAGAUCCGUGGUAUCAGGAAGGAGCUCAACAAUGAGAUCUUGGGCCCUGUGGAACAGUUCUUAGGUGUGCCAUACGCCACCGCACCAGUCGGUGAGCGCCGCUUUCAGCCUCCUGAAGCUCCAGGCUCAUGGCAAGAGAUUCGCAAUGCCACCCAAUUUGCACCAGUCUGUCCCCAGAAUGUCCACGGGGUUUUACCUGAGAUCAUGCUACCAGUGUGGUUCACAGACAACCUGGAUGCUGCAGCGACCUACGUUCAGAACCAGAGCGAGGAUUGCCUUUACCUCAACAUCUAUGUACCCACUGAAGAUGGUCCGCUCACUAAAAAACAAGACGAGUCUACGAUGAACAGACCAAGGGAUGAAGAUAUUCGGGAUCGUCGUAAGAAGCCUGUGAUGCUCUUCAUCCACGGAGGCUCCUACAUGGAGGGCUCAGGGAACUUGUUUGAUGGCAGCGUCCUGGCUGCCUACGGAAAUGUCAUCGUGGUCACCAUGAACUAUCGGCUGGGCGUGCUCGGGUUUCUGAGCACAGGGGACCAGUCUGCUAAGGGGAACUAUGGCUUGUUGGACCAGAUCCAGGCCCUGCGCUGGCUCAAUGAAAACAUUGGCCACUUCGGAGGGGACCCAGAGAGAAUCACCAUCUUUGGCUCGGGAGCCGGGGCCGCCUGUGUGAACCUCCUCAUCCUCUCCCACCACUCCGAAGGCCUGUUCCAGAGGGCCAUCGCUCAGAGUGGCUCGGCCAUCUCCAGCUGGGCGGUCAACUACCGACCCAUGAUGUACACCAAGAUCCUGGCCAAGAAGGUGGGCUGCACCCUGGGGGACAUGGCUGAGCUGGUGGACUGCCUGAGGAAGAAGAGUUUCCGGGAGCUGGUGGACCAAGACAUCCAGCCGGCCCGCUACCACAUCGCCUUCGGACCCGUGGUGGACGGGGACGUGGUGCCCGAUGACCCCGAGAUCCUCAUGCAGCAGGGCGAGUUCCUGAAUUACGACAUAUUGCUGGGUGUCAACCAAGGAGAGGGACUGAAAUUCGUGGACGACAGUGAAGGAGAAGACGGAAUAUCAUCAGCUACGUUUGACUACACCAUCUCCAACUUUGUGGACAAUCUGUAUGGAUUCCCUGACGGUAAAGACAUCCUCAGGGAAACCAUAAAGUUCAUGUACACAGACUGGGCUGACCGGGACAACACUGACAUGCGCAGGAAGACCCUCCUGGCUCUGUUCACAGACCACCAGUGGGUGGCCCCGGCCGUCGCCACUGCCAAGCUGCACGCCGAGUUCCAGUCGCCCGUCUAUUUCUACACCUUCCACCACCACUGUCAGACGGAGGCCCGGCCGGAGUGGGCCGACGCUGCUCACGGAGAUGAGAUCCCCUAUGUGUUUGGGAUCCCCAUGGUGGGAGCCACUGACCUGUUCCCCUGCAACUUCUCCAAGAACGAUGUCAUGCUCAGUGCUGUAGUCAUGACCUACUGGACCAACUUCGCCAAGACAGGGGAUCCCAACCUACCAGUUCCUCAGGACACCACGUUCAUCCACACCAAGCCCAACCGCUUCGAAGAAGUCAUCUGGACCAAGUUCAGCUCCAAAGACAAGCAGUACUUACAUAUCGGCCUGAAGCCUCGCGUCAGAGACAACUACCGGGCCAACAAGGUGGCCUUCUGGCUGGAGCUGGUGCCCCACCUGCACAGCCUCCACAAGGAGGUCAUCGGCCCCAUCACAACCCGCCUGCCGCCCGGAGGCAACAAAGGCUGGAAGGGCCCCAAAGGCCCCGGUACCGGCACCAAGCACCCCUCAACCGGCAUCUCCACCUACCCGCCCGACCCUGAGCCCGACGGUUCGGAGAGACCCCGCUUCUCCCCCUUCCCCGACGAGACGAGGGACUACUCCACGGAGCUGAGCGUGACGGUGGCUGUGGGCGCCUCGCUCCUCUUCCUCAACGUGCUGGCCUUCGCCGCGCUCUACUACAAACGGGAUAAGCGCCACGAACUCAUGCAGAGACGCCACCGCCGACUGUCCCCGCAGCGCGUCACCACCAUGGGCAUGGGCAUGGGCAUGGGCGUCGGCAUGGGAGUGGUCGGGGCCCCACCGCACAACGACCUGGCGCUGAGUCAGGAGGAGGAGCUGAUGUCGCUGCAGAUGAAGCAGCAGAGGGUGGAGCUGGAGCACGGCACGCCCCUCCCGUCCCGCGGCAUCCACGGCGACCUGGAACCCCUGCGGCCCCCCGUGUGCCCCCCCGACUACACGCUGGCCCUGCGGCGGGCCCCGGAGGACGUGCCACUGAUGACAGCCAACACCCUCACCAUGAUCCCCAGCACCAUCAGCAGCAUGCAGCCCCUCCACCCCUUCAACACUUACCCCCCUGUGCCGGCCCCCUCCACCACACCCGUCCCCAGCCACAGCAACAAUGCCCUGCCACACCAACACUCCACCACCCGUGUAUAGGACCAGGCACAACCUCUGCUACCCCACUCUGGGCGUACAGAGACACACCACACAAACUGCUCCAUACAAUCUCCACCCUCACCAUUCUCCUUGUCUUUGUCUUUUCUCAUUAA